AUGGAGAAAUCCAAAAACUUUCGCAUCGACGCCAUUCUGGCCGUGGAGCCUCCGAAAGCUCAGACUUCCCCCCUGGCUCUGGUCACCUCACUGACCUCCUCAUCCUCCUCUUCAUCCUCCUCAGGGAGAAGAAGCGUCCCGGGUUCGGACCUCCUGCACUCUCCUUCCGCCAUGGUGGGACUCCAUCCUCCGAGCAGCGCUCUUUACCCCCCGCACAUGUUCUCCUACCCUCUGGGACAGCCGCCCGUGCUCUCCUACCCCUACCCUCCUCUUCCUCACCACGACGAGCCCCUCAAACUGCCCCCCGGCUCCCUGCAGCUCGACCACUGGCUCAGGAUCUCCACCGCCGGGCUCGCGCUGCCCAAACUGCAGAGUGACUUCAACCCUCAGGCUCAUCAGUCUACCCUGCUGGGGAAAUGUCGGAGGCCGCGCACCGCCUUCACUAGUCAGCAGCUGCUGGAGCUGGAGCAUCAGUUCAAACUCAAUAAAUAUCUUUCCAGACCCAAACGCUUCGAAGUGGCCACGAGCCUCAUGCUCACCGAGACCCAGGUAAAAAUCUGGUUUCAGAACAGACGCAUGAAGUGGAAGCGCAGCAAAAAAGCGAAAGAACAAGAAGCAGCUCAGGAAGCUGCUGAGAAACACAAAGGAAGCAAGGAGAAGGAGAAAAGCGAGCAGCCCGAUUCAGUGAAAGGCAGCAGCAGGCUGAGAGACUUCAGGGACAGUGAUGAUGAUGACGAUGAAGAAGAAGAAGCGGACUCGUACAUGUGCAAUUCCUCUGAGUGCUCCUCGGACGAUGAGAGAAGCCACAUUAACCCUCGACCCUGA